CCCACGACGGGAGAAACUUCAGUUUAUAUCUUACAAAUGAAAGAUGAGCAAAGCUAACCUUAAAGAAGCAUUUGAGGUGGAAUGUAGGCAUGGAGCAUUUUAUACUGGUGGCAAUAUACAAUGGGAUGCAAAUGCUGAAUACUUAUUUUGCCAGAAAGGAGGCACUGUGUCCAUACUGUCCAUGAGCAAAGGCUCUGUGAUAUCAUCAUUAUGUGUAACAGAUGCUGAUCAAAUAGAGGAUACAAUAAAUUGUUUUGCACUUUGUAAUGAAGAUACAGGUGUGAUCACACAUCAUAAGAGUGGAUUAUUUAAAUUAUGGGAUUGGAAAACUAAUAAGUUAACAAAAUUAUGGAAAUCAAUUCACAAAGGACCUGUAAUGCAAAUAACUCUUUCGAGUAAUAGUACUUUAAUGGCAUCUGGUGGAAGUGAUGGAUCUGUCAGACUAUGGAAUUUACAACAUCAUGCAUGUACACAUAAUCUCAAAGGAAUACAGGGAGUAGUUAGCGUAUUAAAAUUUUAUUCAAAUAGUGAAAAAUCACUUCUUUUUGGAGCUGGUGACAACACAAAAAUUUAUGGUUGGGAUAUCACUACUGGACAAGAAAAAGUUGUUCUCUCUGGACAUUUUAGUAAAAUAACAUCUCUUAGUUUUCACGAAAAUGAAAAUUAUUUAAUUAGUUCGGGAAGAGACAGAGUACUGAUCUUGUGGGAUAUAUCCACUGGGACAUCAAUACGUAUUUUACCAGUAUAUGAAGGAAUUGAGGGAACUUUUAUGAUAUCCGCGAAAUGUCUUCCAGUAUUUAUUACAUCACAUAAAAGCAAUGGUAUAUAUGUUGCUUCAGCUGGCGAAAAAGGUGUCGUUAAAAUCUGGGAGAUGAAAACGGGCAAGCAGAUUUAUGUGCAAGACAAUUCUUUAGUACCAUCGGCUAAGGAAGAAGGAGACUUAUCAAUUACGCAUUUACUUUACAGCAACAUCCAUAAAAUUUUUGCAGUAGUAUCUGUCGAUCACAACAUAAUUAUUCAUUCGUUGGAGUUAUUUGAAUGCAAAAAGCAGUUGGUAGGUUAUAGCGAUGAAAUUCUAGACGUUGCGUAUCUUGGAGAUAAUGACACUCAUAUCGCACUCGCGACCAAUAGUUGUGAUAUAAAACUUUAUGAAAUUGCUUCUAUGAAUUGUCAAUUAUUGUGUGGUCAUACUGAUAGCGUUUUGGCUCUCGCUACAACUUUGGCAAAUGUAAAUCUGCUUGCAUCUUCAGCCAAGGAUAAUAGUGUCCGCAUAUGGCUACUGGAUAAAGACACAAUGAGGAUGUCUUGCAUUGGACACGCCAUUAGGCAUACAGCAUCAAUCAGUUCUAUUGCCAUAUCUCAAACAUCAUCUCAAUUUUUCACUACUGUCGCUCAAGAUUCAUGUCUGAAACUGUGGGAAUUACCCAGUCUCGAAUCACAUAAUCAAGCUUUAUCAUUAAAUGUAAGACAUACAAUAUUAGCACAUCAAAAAGAUAUAAACUGUGUAACCAUUUCACCAAAUGACAAACUGAUUGCUACAGCGUCGCAAGAUAAAACUGCUAAGUUAUGGUCUGCUGAGAAUUUACAAUUACUUGGUGUUCUUCAUGGUCACCGAAGAGGUGUAUGGUGUGUUCGAUUUUCGCCGAGUGAUCAAAUACUCUUAACAACGUCCGCUGACUGUACUAUGAAAAUAUGGUCUGUAGCAGAGCUUAAUUGUCUAAAGACGUUUGAAGGACACGAAUCUUCCGUCUUAAGAGCAGAAUUUUUAUCACGCGGUAAGCAAUUAAUUACGUCGGGAGGAGACGGUCUUCUGAAAUUAUGGAAUAUUAGUACGUCCGAAUGUAUGUCUACUUUGUACCAACACGAAAGUCACGUUUGGACGCUUGCAGUUACAAAGGAUCAAAAACAUAUUAUCAGUGGAGGUAGCGAUUCAUUAUUGGUUAUUUGGAAAGACGUGACCGAAGAAAAAAAAGCGCAAGCCGCAUCGGAAAAAGCACAACUUGUGCUCGAAGAGCAAAAGUUGGCCAAUUUACUUAAAGCUGAAGAACUGCAGGCUGCAUUACAAUUGGCUCUGAAACUAGAGCGACCAUUACAAGUGCUCAAGAUCACAGAAGCUAUAUUGAAGAAAGCAAAUAACAAGUUUACGGAAAUAAUAAAGGAAUUAAAACCAGUUCAGAAGGAAACGUUACUCAAGUGUGCAGUUACAUGGAACAUGAACAGCCGAAGCUCGCAUGCUGCUCAAGUAAUUAUAAAUACUUUAAUAACAGAGAUCGGAAUGAAGGAACUGCAGACGUCAAAUUUAUCUUCUACUCUAGAAGUUAUGUUACCUUAUACCGACAGACAUUUUAAAAGAUUGACAAAACUUUUGCAGGAUCUAUAUCUAUUAACAUAUACUUUUAAUCGUAUGAAACCUGAUAUAUCAACUGGCUCUAAAUAA